CCAGAGACCGAGAGAGAAGCACGAUGUCUGAAUCCAGAAGGAUCGUGAUGUCUUCAUUCCUGAUGCUGCUGCUCCACUUUCCAGCUGCAGAUAUGAAACAAUACUCCCUCACUGUCAGAGCUGGAGAUGAAGUCACUUUGCCUUUUGACAAUGUGAUAGAUGAUCAGGAUAAGUGUGAGAGUGCUACGUGGAGCUUCAGUGGUUUAAGAAGCCCAGCAGCAGUGACGCUGUUUGCAGACGGGCAGAUUCACAAAGAAGCCAAAGCUAAAUCAGACAGACUGAGAGUUACAGAGAAUUGUUCUCUGGUUAUAAAGAAGGUCACAGAGGAGGAUGUUGGAGGUUACGUCUGCAGACAGUUCAGAUCAGGAGAACAACAAGGUUCAGACUCUUGGGUUUAUCUGUCUGUUGUUACCAUGACUGAACAUCAGGACAAUGAUGAGGUGACGUUACACUGCUCUGUGUCGACAUAUGGAGGGUGUGGACACUCAGCAAAGUGGCUGCUUCAGGGUCGAGAUGUGGAUACAGAUCACAGAGAUAUAAAGACAUCACAGUCUCUCUGCUCUGCCUCUGUGACAUUUCUGACUUCUCUCUUUAGUUACACACCAAGGUUUGAGUUGUUUACUUGUAAAGUAACAGAUGAUUACACAAGAGAAGAACAUCAGUUUCCCUUCAGCCCUCAGUCCUCAGGUGAGGACACAAAACCAGCAACAACAACAACAACAAAAACAACAACAACAACAACAACCACAGCAGCUAAAAACAACUUAAACUCAGGUGAGGAUGCAGGGAAGGUGACUGCAGUGUCAACAACAUGGACAACAGUGAGAAUGAGAGCAGCCCGAGAGAUGACCAACACAUCUGAAGACAAUCACACAGAACCAGAGGACAACGACAAAGGUCGCUUGAGGCUCAUCAUGGUGUCUGUGGGUUUAGCGGCUCUCAUCAUCACCGUGGUUACAGUCAACAUAUGGACAAGAGCUAAAGGGAGCAAAGCACAGACGGAAGAAAACAUGGUGCGUUAUGAUGUAGAUGAUGGUACAGUGAACUAUGAAAACAUCGGACCUCCUGAUGGAGUUUGAGCAACACUUCUGCCUCCAUCAGACUCCACUGAUCAUCGUGUUUCACAUCAGGAAAUGAAGUUUAUACAAUCACGCAUUAUUUCCUUUUUAGUCUUCAGUUAUUCAGCAGCUGAGUAAAUGCCUUUUAACUCUUGUUAACUUCCUCAUAUUGUCUUCCAGCUGAACUUUUCAGAGCUGAUUUUAAGAUGUACUGCUUGUUUUUGAAGGUACAAAAGCUUUAGCUCAUUUUAAUAUAUAGAUGUGUGCUGAAUAAACCUUUUAAUCCACUUUCAUUUAGCUUUGCUGUUAACAUAUGUGUUUUAAAGAGAAUGUGUUUGAAUGGGUUUUCAGCCUUAAAGGUGGGGUAUGUAAUGUUGGAGAAAGCAGCUCCAGUGCGCUAGAAUGUGAAAGUCUGCAGCCGAAAGAAUCUGCCCCUUCCUUCAGAGAGGUGGGUCGUGAAAAAGGGGCAGACAUGUUGGAGAGUCACUGUAUUCUGAAUACUUACAGUGUGGGCAUAAUGAAGGUUUUGUAAAGUUUUUAUUACUGUUUUUUCUUUAAUAUAAUUCA